UGUCAUUCUGCAGUUUCAACUUUUAUUUGCAAAUUUGCAAAAUUUGCAACUUGUCAAUAGUUAGUCUUGCAUUUUUACAAUAUAUCAAAUAGUAUAUUAUUCAAGCUGCUUCAUCCGAUAUAAAACUGAAACUGUUUAAUUUCAAGGAAUCUAUUGGACUUUUUGUAAUAAAAGAUAACACAAUUAUUAUACUAUUAUGUUGAACGGCAUAAUAUUAUUAUAAUAAUUAUUGAAAAGUUUAUAAUCGAUUUAUGUUUCCAAAAUACUUACACACAUUUAAUUAUAUCAUGUCUUUGUGUUUUUAAAUGCAUGUAAUUAUUUUCAUAGGUUUAUAAAUGAAUUUCAAUAUGAAUGAGAUCGAAAUAGGUUGUAAUGUCAAUGGAAAAUCGGAACAAGAGCUUUUAGAUGGGUAUAUACGCUGGGAAUGUGAUAAAUAUACUGUUGAAAACUUAACAUAUGAAGAUUUUUAUAACAAUCAUUUAGUGAAUAAUUUACCUUGUGUAAUAAAAAAUAUUACUUCUGAAUGGGAGUGCACAAAGAAAUGGAUUGAAAAUAAUACAAUAAAUUAUAAUUAUUUCAUUGAGAAUUAUGGGGAUUUGGAAGCUCCUGUGGCAGACUGUAAUAACAUAUCAUAUAAUGCUCACUGUAAAACUGAUAUGAAGGUCAGCGACUACAUGAAUUAUUUAAGGGACUCAGAAAAAUCUAAACUGCUCUAUCUAAAAGACUGGCACUUGAAGUUACGACCCAAUGACAAAUUCUAUGAUAUACCAAGCAUAUUUGCUUCAGACUGGCUCAAUGAAUAUGCUCAAGACAAUGACCAAGAUGAUUUUAUGUUUGUUUACAUUGGACCAAAAUAUUCAUGGACACCACUUCAUGUAGAUGUCUACACAUCAUUCAGCUGGUCAGUCAAUGUAAUUGGAAAGAAGAAAUGGAUUUUAUUUCCACCAGGUGAAGAAAAUAAAUUGAAAGACUCAUUGGACAAUUUACCAAUGAUAUUUGAUCCUGACAAAACCAAAAAUAUAAAAUAUUUUGAAGUUAUUCAAGAACAAGGUGAUGGUAUAUUUGUACCUUCUGGAUGGUACCACCAAGUAUUGAAUGUAGAAGAUACCAUAUCUAUAAAUCAUAACUGGGUAAAUGCAUGUAACAUCCAAAUUGUCUGCAACUCCCUGGCAAAAACCUUACUGUCAGUACAGCAUGAAAUUAUUGAAUUUAAAGAAACACCUGAAUAUCCAAUGCAAUGUCAAUUGAUUUUAAAAUCACUUUUUGGAAUGGACUAUGAGGCUUUUAUAAAACUCUUGUGUUAUAUUGGUCAGAAAAGAUUAAUUCAAUUGCAAAAUAGAAGUCAAACUGGGCUUGAAAAUUUUUCUUUAGGUAUAAAUCAUAUCAAGUUUGAUUUAAAAAAAAUAUUUAAUGUAUUAAAUUUAAUAAAUAUUGACCCUAUGUUAUUAUACAACAAAACUUCUUUAUCAUCAGUUAAAUGUGAUUUCAUGAACUUAAAAAAUGCGAUUAUCAAUGUUUUGGAAUAAACAUUGUUUUUCGUCGUGUUUUUCUAUA